AUGGCAUCUUAUCAGUACACGGAUAUCAAGGUCGAGGUGAAGGGAAAGAUUGGUGUCAUCAAGUUCAAUCGACCCAAAUCGCUCAAUUCCUUUGGCGUGAAUCUCCUUGUUGACACUCUACAUGCCGUGAAAGAACUCGAUGAACACCCAGAUACUGUCUUCACAGUCUUGACGGGUGAAGGACGAUUCUUCUCCGCCGGCGCUGAUGUUCGAGGUUCACGGCCCCUGGAUGAAGGGAUGGCCGAUCUCACAAAAACUCAGUUAAAGCUUCUCCACUUGUCUCGUUUCACUACCAUGAUGGAACUCAUGAGAUCGCUCAUCGAUCACAAGAAGGUAUUCGUCUUGGCUUUGAAUGGACCAGGUGUGGGAGGAGGAGCUGCUUGGUUCCAGGGAAUCGCCGAUAUCAUCCUUGCAUCCGAGACGACCUAUCUCCAAGUCCCAUUCAAUUCGUUGGCCUUGGUGCCCGAGUCGGGAUCUGCGACCAACCUGGCCCGACACAUGGGUGUUCAUCGCGCAAACGACUUUUUGAUGUUUGGCCGGAAGCUUACUGUCCAGGAAUUGGAAGGUUGGGGAUUGAUCAACCGCACCUUCCCCGUUGACGGCUUCCAUAAUUCUGUCGUGGAGUUCCUGGAGAAGCAGCUCGAGGUCAACGAUGGUGUUAGUAUGAUGGAGACCAAGCGGUUACAGAAUCUACCGCUUAGGAGUGAGCGCAUCUUGGCGGUUUAUAAUGCGACCGAUGCGCUUUCGGAGAGGCUUGCGAGUGGAGCGCCAGCUGCACGAUUCCGAGCGAAGAAAGCUGAACUUGAAGUGUGGCGCAAGAAGACUAGACUGAGGAUGCUGGAAGACUAUGUUAAUGUGGUCAGCGCUAGUAAAUACUCGCAGCCUGACAGCCUUGCAAUAGCCAAAGGAGGCGGGGCGCCAAAGGAGAAGGAGCAGCUCCUUCUGCACACGCACCUCAUCCAAAACAAUCCCAGAAGCUCACCUGCUCCCCAUUUCUUCUCCCCUUCAACCCUCCAUACCACACAACAGGGUCUAGACAAAAUGCCCCGAAACGAGAGCAAGAUUGAGAUUGCUGCGCCGCCCGCCAAAGUGCGAGAAGUGCUCCUCAACUUCUCCGCUUACCCAGAAUGGCACACCGAUUUCAUCAAGGGUAUCACGAUCCAAGACGAGUCCAAGACAGCUGAGUCCCUCGUCAAUGGAGACAAGGUCGAGUGCAACAUUGAGGGAUGGAAAUUCAUCGCCGAGAUCAGGGAAAACUCUGAAGGGAUGUUCUCGUGGCAGGGUCCUCCCGUCAUGACUGUCGCGGGUCUGCACCAGUUCCGCAUGGAGCCCGCCAAGGACGGUACAGCCACUAUCUUCACACAAUCAGAGGAUCUCAAGGGUCCCCUGUCAUUCUUGAUGAGCCCGUCGCUGUUGGGCAAGAAGAUGGCUGCUGAUUUUGCAGAGUUCAACAGAGAUCUCAAGGCUCGGGCAGAGGCUUCUUGA